UUGUCUGCAGUCUGUACAGCCUGGGCUCACAACAGAGACUGUCUGCACUUGGACAACAGGAUUUUCUCAGCAGUCUGAACUUGACCCACCUGACUCCUCCCCUGUAGAGUCCUCCUGCCACCUGACUCCUCCCCUGUAGAGCCCUCCUCCCACCUGACUCCUCCCCUGUAGAGCCCUCCUCUCACCUGACUCCUCCCCUACUGAUCCCCUCUCCUGAGAAAACCCUUCCACCAAGCCCCUCCCCCACAGAGACCCUCCCUCUCUGGGCCACGGUCAUGGACAGCACUCCUCGCCGCUGGGUGCUCCGGCCCCUGUCUCCCUCUCUGCAGCCCUCAGACCUGCGCUCCAUCUCUGCUGAACAGGACGAUGAGGUUUUCUACACUAACAGCAUCUCUGCAGACGGCAGCCAGUCCUCACUGUAUGUGAAAGGUACCAGUGAGUCUUUGGAUGACAUGGUGGUGACUGCUCGGCAAAUGUCUGUGUCUCAGGACGGAGGUAGCUCCAGCGACGAGCUCCCCAUCAGCCCCUGCAGCAGCAGUGCUGGCUCCCACAGCGGGUUCUACUCUUUUGUGGAAGACCCCUUUAGCUCUGAGGCUGAGCAAAACGAAGCCUGGAUGGUCUCGCCCCAACGCCAAUCACACCUUGCCACUUUGAGACAGGAGAACGCCUACAAACUCCAAGCCUACAGCAGUCACAAAAAACCCGGGAGUUUAUUCCAAGACGACACAGAUUCACAGUAUGAUAUCACCCCAAGGUACGGCUACAAGGUGGUUGGAGAGCAGGAGGAAAGGCAACUGCGGAGGGAGAUAAUUCGCGGUCAAGCUCCAAAGAAGACUCCAGUGGCUGAGAAAGAAUUGGACAGUCUAACGAGUGAUACAAACAGACUGAUCGAGGGCUUCAGUAUUAGCUUUAGCCAUGUAACCCCUAAACCAAGACCGACAGUUGAUUCUGACGCCAUAAACAAAGAGCAGAUUAACUUUGAUGACGCAAGGAAACAAUUUGUCCAAAUGGAGCAAAAUAAGUUAGACCCGAUUAUACGACCUCGCAAAAUUGAAGUGAAGACAUCGCCAAAGCUAAAACAAGAUGUUACUGUGGUAGACAGGGAAGUAAGAAAGGAGGAGCUAAUGUUCAAACCAAAUGUGGAAGAUUUUAAAGCUGAAGAGAAAGAUCAAAGUACUAGCCAUAGUCGACAAAGCAGCUAUUUGGGAGAUUCAGAUGGACUUUCAAUGAAUUUUCGUUAUAGCAACAUUGACGGGUUAGCACAUAAUCCAAUCCAAAUGGUAAAUAACACAUUCCAGUUUAACGUAGAGCCAGAGACGCCAAUUGAGCGGGAGAUAAGGAUCGCCCAAGAACGGGAAGAAAACUUGCGUAGAUCCCGAGGCCUGCAGAGUAGUGUUAGCGAAAUGGUGGAAAUCAAAACCAAAAGAUUGCAGUUGCAGGUGCCACUAACACCUUCGCGCACUAAAGACAAGGGUAGAGCGAGUUUUAUCUUCCAGGAAAUCCAAAGAAAGGAAGAAGCAAUCAAACAAGAUAGUACCACGCAAGAGUUAGCAGGUCCAAGGCUUGUGCGGGCUCACAGUUAUGAUAUCCUGCAAUCAAACGCUAUUGAAGGUGAUGUGGGACAAAGCAACCAGGAAUAUGCAGUAACCAAGGCAUUUGAGACCUUGAACGAAAACAUGGGACAGGAAGCAAAGUUGGAUGUUGUUGACUAUGCCUUACAAAAGCAAAAUUACACCACCCAUGAUGGAAGCAAAACCGACAAUGGACAAAGUUAUACCAAACAAAUUCAAGAGUACGUUGAACCAUAUGUACCUGGAGCAAAGCGAGUAGAAGGAUACAGCUAUGCAAAGCAAAAUGAUCAGGUACUAGCAAGAAAUCAGGAAUUUGAAGGAUUUAAAAGCUUCAAAGAAAGAUGGCAAAAUCAAAACGGAGACAAAAUGGAAAAUGGUUUUAAAGGUGAUAGUAUAGAAAGGUCUAGAGUCGAUUUCUUCAGUGAUGACGUCUUGCUAUUGUCUUGUUAUCCUCACAAACACCCAGAAAAUUCAGCUCCAUCUAAGCAGGAGCAAAAGCAGGACAGCCCCAGGGCUCGUAGUCCUCAGACCUCAAUGUGGAGGGACAGACUGGAGCAGACUGGCCUGCACACCAGAGGGCAGGCUGCACAGUUCAUCGAGCGGGACAUCGAGGAGGCGCUGAGGCGGGAGCAGGAGCUAAGAGAGCAGAGGGAGGCUCAGGUCAGGCAGGUGUACUCCCCGCAGACGCUAGUGCAGCAGGCAGACAAGAUGGCCACCACGCAGUUCUACCCACAGAUCAAGACAGGUAAAGCCGAGUCCCGGACCUCCUCUUCUCCUCGUCCCUCUCUGCGUUUGUCCAGUCUUCCCCUGAUGUCCCCCCAGCCCUGGUCUCCUGCCCCCCAGACCCCACAGACCCCUUCCAGCAAUAUGGCCUGGAUGACAACCCCCCAGACCCCCCAGACCCCCCAGACUCCCUCCCACAGAAUCCCUCUACCGUUCCGAGGACUCACCCAGACCCUGCUGCAGGACUUUGAGGAGAGAAGGGGCAAACUGAAGCUGGAGGAGAGCGCAUAUGCUGGAAUCCAACCAAUUGAUUCUGUCAACAAUGAGGUGGUGGAGUCGACUCGGGUGUCGCGGCACAAGAAUCAGAGAGCUCUGCAAUGGGAGGCUGGGGUCUUUGCCAACCAACAAGAUCAGUGAAUGCUAGAUGUACUCCAGCAAGGGAGAGCUGGGACCAAUAGGACCAGUGAACUGCGCUAUACCACUACACACGAUGUUGCACAUGAACCUUUUACACAAAUCAAUUUCAUAUGUGAAAUUACGUAUCAUAUAAUUUCACAUAUCAUUUAGGGAUGAGACUUCUCCAAUGAAAUUAAUCGAAUUCUCACUUUACAAGAAAUGUCAAAAUGGCCAAUGUGGUCGGAGCAAAAUAACGUGAAUAAGGUAGGACACGAGACACACCAGCAGGGAGGGCUGAAUCAGACACACUCAACUCACAGUAAGAAGAUCUGGUGUUCAACCUAAAACAUGUACAGUAGACACAUUCUCAAGGUAGCUACUGCACACAGUGUACCCCCCACCAAGACCCUAGGUCACUUGCUCCGAGCGCCAUUAAGGGAUGGGUCAAAUUUUCAGCAAAAGCAAAUUUCCACACAAGGUGUGUGCCUUAACCUCCAUACCUCCCUGACCUCCAGCCCAGAGGCCAUGUUCUAACAGGGGGUCCAACUCCAGCAGCACACAUAUAGAUCAGAAAAUGUAUUCAAAUCUGUUCAUUUAUUUGGCUUUUUGUAUUUGUGAUUGAUCAAAUGUCCAGUUUUUCCUAAAUUUGAAACCAUUUCACCAUUAGGGAUUUGAUAUUAGUUUGUUUGUUUCUGUGUGACAAUAUGCCUGACUGAGAAUGAUGGACUUACUUGUUUGUUGGGACUUACAAACCCACUGUAACUCCAUGUGAAGCACUUACUGAAUGAUUCUGUCAGACCAUGGCACUCACAAAGUCCAGGGGAUGCUGAGGAGCAGGAAUCAAGCAUGGCCCUUCUUCUGUUGAUUUUACCUUUGGAUUAAUAGACUGGUGAACUGAUGUGAAAAGACUGCUUCUGAGUGGUCCGAUCAGAAUAAACAUGAUCCAAUCACAAACCAGCACACGGAUGAACUCUGUGAUCUUCGGACUGACUCAAAAUCUACUGCAAUGAACAAAAUUAUGCAGCUCCAAGCUACUUGAAUAAAAUAAAAACUUUAUAUUUAAGAAGUUUGAGUUCUUUGUGGAAGAUGAAUAAGCAAUAUUUCAAGAGGCUAGAGGCAAAUAACCAGAUCUAAGAUAGAGCUCCCUCUGCUGAUCACAAUAGGCAUUACUCAUGAAAAAACAACAGAAUAUGCGAAUAUGAGAUCAGAAAGGUUUAAACCAAGUCUGGCAAAUUUUUGUGAACCUAAAAACUGCACAGGGACUUGAAUUGAAAUGGUGUGAUUUCUGAGGCUCACGGGGAGACAUAGGAUGACUGAAAGAGACAACACAACAACACAGCAACAACAUAAACAUAUGCCAGACUGACUUUAAACCAAGAGAAAAUGGUUUAAAGGCAGUCUGGCAUAUGUGUCUUUUAAAAGAACUGUAUGUAUGAUUUUGAUUCAUAAAGUUGAUCUGUGUCUCGAUAGAAGGUUAUUUUCUAAUUAAAUAUAGCUGACCCUCAUUCUUUAGCCAACUACAGACCAAUAAGUAUACUUCCCAUAAUGUCCAAAGUUGCUGAGAAACUAGUUGCUGAACAGAUUAUAAACCACCUUAACACCACCCCAUUCACACUACACCCAAUGCAGUUUGGAUUUCGAACCAACUAUUCAACUGAAACGGCCACUUGCUUCUUUACAGAAAAUAUUCGUCAAUCACUGGACAAGGGUGGGGUCGUUGGCACUGUUUUUCUUGAUCUGAGAAAGGCAUUUGACACGGUUAAUCACAACAUUCUGCUGAAUAAGUUGCAACAUUUCAAUUUCUCUGCCAAUACUGUAAAAUGGAUUCAGGCUUAUUUAACAGACCGCUCUCAAUAUGUUAGAAUUCAGUCACAUCUUUCCUCCCCCCUUAGUCUCUUCACUGGUGUCCCACAAGGGUCAAUUUUAGGUCCAUUAUUAUUCUCACUAUACAUUAAUGAUCUCCCAUCUGUUUGCUCUAAUGUCUCUGUUCAGAUGUAUGCUGAUGACACAGUUCUCUAUGUCCAUGGAACAAACAUCUCCACCGUAUCUGCCAAACUCACACAGGCCCUAGUUCAUGUCACAAAUUGGUUACAGCACUCAUGUCUACAGCUAAACACAUCCAAAACAGUCGUAAUGUUCUUCACCAAAUCUCAUAACAUCUCCUCCAUAAGUCCUGAUGUCCGUGUGUGCGGUGAACAGCUCCAGGUGGUUCCAGAAUACAAAUACCUCGGUGUCACCCUUGAUUCAAAACUCACUUUCAAAUCACACAUAAAAAUCAUCAGUAAUCGCAUCAAAUUUAAUCUCGGCAAUUUUCGACACAUUCGACCUCAAAUGUCCAUACAGUCAGCCAAAAUGUUCAUACAUUCCAUGAUACUUUCCCAUAUCACUUACUGUCUCACUGUCUGGUCUCACUCAACUUCUACAGCUCUAAAACCCAUCCACUCUCUUUUUAAAGGGACCAUCAAAACUCUCGAUCAGAAACCAUACUCUUAUCACCACUGUCCAAUCCUCCAAAAACACAAUCUACUGAACUGGGAAAACUUGGUCAAAUAUGCUCAUCUCUGUCUCAUAUUUAAAAUCAUUCAUGGCUUGUCAUCUCCUCCACUCACACAGUUUAUUCACAUCAGGACCUCUGACCACAAAAGAACCAGAGGGGCAUCGAGAGGGGACUGCAUCAUCCCACUCAGAAAAAGUCUCUUUGGCCAAACCACCUUCUCUGUGAAAGCUGCCCAUGACUGGAACACCACCCCCACCACAAUUAGAAGUCUCCCCACUUACACCUCAUUUAAAUUACAGUUAAAGAAAUGGUUAAUUGAAAAUCAGUCUUGUCACCACUAACAUCCACCUCUCGAUGCUCCUGUCGCCAUCCUGCCUCUGUUUGAGUUUUGUUGUAUGUCUGUUUGUGUCUGUGUGUAUGUAGACAACGGUAUGUCAUGUUUGUGGCUGAAAAUGAAUGUAUGUGGCUGAAUGUGGUUUUAUGACUAUAAGAAUGGAGUUGUAUGCGACUGUAUGUAAGAAUGAUUUUAGAGUGUAAAUAAUAACCUUGUUUUUAUUCUGUUGUAUUUUAUUUCCUACAGGUUGACAUUUUACACCUGUCCCGGGACUACGGAUGAAAAAUAGCCCUCGGGCUAAUUCUGGCAUAUUUACAUGCAAAUGUUUAUUGAUGUGCAUUGUCCCUGAAAUAAAUAAAUAAAUAAAAAUAAAUUAAAAGCUUUUACU